UGCAAUACGGGGGCGGAAUUGUAAAUGUUGCGCAAGAAAAUAGUAAACAGAAGGACGGCAGCAACAACGAGCGCAGCGACGUCGAACGUUUCACCGGCAGCACCAGUGCUACUCCCGCCACCCCCGACAGUGUUGCCGAUGACGAGAGAAGCGAACAGAUCGGUGAAAAUAAUAAUAAUAAUUAUACNUGUAUUGUAUUACGGACGGAAAACGCGCGUAGAUUUAAGAAAUUCGGGGUAAUAAGGAGAGAGGCGAUAUUUGAGAUCCGUGAAAUUCAGCCUGGUGCUGAAAUAGUAGAAUGGGUGGAGGGUGCAUUUCGCGAAAUUCACAGAUACGCGACAAAUUUAUCGGAGCCGAAUGAUUACGUUGGAGUGUGGCGUUUGUACAGAACAGCGGGUGCGAGGCACGAAUGCGGCGUCGUGUUUUGUAACAUUUGCAGUUCGCGUCAAGAUGUAAACCAUCUUUGUUAUAUCCGACCUUUUACACGCGAGGAUUUCACCGGCAAAGGGAAAAACGCGCGCGUCGCAUUCGUGUUCUAUGAUUUCGAGACUCGGCAGGAUGAGACGCUCGAAGGUACAGCGUCUGUGAAAAUUCACGUGCCCACUCUUUGCGUCGCACAGCAGAUUUGCGUCGCGUGUGCGGGCGAGGACGACAUGACGGUACGUUGCCGGUGGUGCGGUGUGCACGAAUUCGUGUUCCGCGAUGAUCCGGUGAGGCAAUUCGUCGAUUUUGUUACGAGAACGACGAAAUGUUUCAAGCAGAUUAUCUGCAUCGCGCACAACGCCAAGGCGUUCGACGCGCAGUUCAUCCUUUGUUACAUCACGGAAAAACGUGUCGAUUUGAAUCCACGAGUAAUAUUAAACGGGACGAAGAUCGUCGUAUUAACGGCCGGGCGUGCGAAAUUUAUUGACAGUAUCAACUAUAUGCUGAUGCGUUUGUCAGCUCUGCCGAAGGCUUUCGGUUUGCGGGGUGGGGUGGAAAAGGGAUAUUUUCUGCAUUUAUUUAACACACUCGCGAAUCAGUCGUACGUCGGUCCGUUACCAGCCGUUGAAUAUUACUCGCCGGAUAGUAUGUCUAGCGAAGAACGCGAACGUUUUUUGUCGUGUCACGCGGAACAGAUGCGCGAAAACGCAGUUUUUAACUUUCAACGCGAGAUAGUUCGUUAUUGUCGUAACGACGUUGAUAUCUUGCGGCGAGCGUGUAUGGCCUUCCGCAAAAUAUUUCUCGAGCGCGGAAACGUAUGUCCGUUCGAAGAAUGCACGACCAUCGCUUUCACAUGUAUGCGCGUUUUCCGCAAAAACUUUUUACGUGAGGAAGAGAUCGGCGUCAUUCCUCGCGGCGAAUAUCGCCUCGUGGAUACGCAAUCCCGCAAAGCUCUGCAGUGGCUGGUGUGGAAAGAGCGCGAGCUCGGCCGCAUCAUUGUUCACGCGGCACGGGAACAUCGUCUCGCGGAAGUCGGAGGCAUUCCCGUCGACGGGUAUUACGAGACGGCGAACGGUGAGCGUCACGUGUUGCAAUACCACGGCUGCUUUUGGCACGGAUGUCCCGUGUGUUUUAAAACGGAACGCGACAAACGUCUCUGCACGGGGGAACGCGAAGUGUACGACACGAUGAACUCGCGAUACGAGCGUACACUGACAACGUCAUGACGUCUUCGCAAACGAGAGUACAUUGUGACGGAGAAAUGGGAGUGCGCGUUUGAUCACAAUACGCGGGAAAAUCGCAAAAUGCGAGCGUUUUUAGUCCAACUUCCGAUGCUCGCGGCUGAACCGCUUUCACCGCGUGACGCGUUUUUCGGCGAUCGAACGGGAAACAUCGCGAUUCGGCGCGAAGUUACGGGUACGGAGAAAAUACGUUACGUAGACGUGUGUUCUCUAUACCCUUACGUGUUGAAAACCGGCGCUUUCCCGAUUAGACAUCCGAAAAUUCUUGUCGGACAAAAAGAGUGCGCCUCGCUCAUCGGAGCGAUGCCCGGUGUCAAUUUUUCCGCGGUCGAGGGGCUUGUGCGUUGUAGAGUGCUCCCUCCGCGCAAUCUCUUUCACCNUGUACUCCCGUACCGCGUGCAGGGCAAACUGUUGUUUGCCUUGUGCCGCAGUUGCUGCGAAAACUUCUCGCAAACACAGUGCUCGCACAAAAAUCCGCGCGAUCGCGAAUUCGAAGGCGUGUGGGUAUCGUGUGAAUUACGCAAAGUUGUGGAAAAGGGUUAUCUCGUGACUGCAGUGAGCGAAAUAUGGCAAUACGAGACGAGCCGAUACGACGUUGAUACGCGUCAGGGGGGAUUAUUUGCCGAAUACAUAAACUGUUUUCUGAAAUUGAAGCAAGAGGCGAGCGGAUGGCCGAGCGAAUGCGUGGACGACCAAUCUAAAGAACGAUAUCUUCAAGAAUACAAAGCAAUCGAGGGAAUCGCUCUAGAUAGAGCAAACAUUGCGCAAAAUCCGGGUUUACGCUCGGUCGCAAAGCUGUGCUUCAAUUCGUUUUGGGGAAAAUUCGGGCAACAAUCGAACUUGACGAGUACCGAGGUGGUAAAGUCGCAGGAACGUCUCGUAUCGCUAUUGUCGAGCCCCGAGCACGAGGUAACCGAUAUAUUACCUGUGAAUGACAAGGUAAUAUAUGUUUCGUGGCGAAUGCGGGACGAGGCGGACGUACCCUCUCCAAUUACUAAUGUGAUAAUAGCGGCGUACACGACGGCACAGGCGCGAUUGAAACUGUACGAAUGUUUAGAACGUUUAGGCGAGCGCGUUCUUUAUUACGAUACAGAUUCGUGUAUUUAUGUGAGCAGCGGAGAACCCGGCGACUACGAGCCGCGUACGGGAAAUUUCCUGGGCGAUAUGACGGACGAGCUCGAAGGCUACGGCCGUGGUAGUUACAUCGAGUUGUUUGUAUCCGGUGGCCCGAAAUUUUACGCGUACGUAGUUCGUACUCCGGACGGUGGCGCGCGGGAG